AAGAGCAGCCACACUUGAAGUUUAUUUAAAUUCAAAUUUUAAAAUUACAACAAAAUUUAAGCUGCACAAAGACUUAGUAAUUAUUCAUCGCCUACAUUAGUGUGGUUAUACAUACAUACAUACACACAUUUAAUAAUUUCAAUAAAUUGUGCUAAGUUUCCAAAAAUUUUUAAGUAUCGAAAGAAAGUUUAGCUCUUAUCAGUAAGCUUUAGUUUUUUGAUUUGGAAGUUCAGUUGUAAAUUAAUAAGCUGACGAAAUGCAAGUGAUUUGUGGGAUCCUGUUGAUCCUGGGUGUAGUAGCUAGUAUUUUAUCUGAAUUCUGCGACAAUGGAACUGGAGAGUGCAAAGAUUUGAGUGCCACCGAUUGCCCGGCCGUAUUUUUUAACCUGGCUUUGAUUGGUCGUUUUGUGAAAUAUUGCGACGAAUUCAACGACAUUGUGUGCUGUCCACUGCCCAUUAACAUGCAAAGCCAGUCGCAGCAGUUCUCAGGAAACAUUGGCCUCAAAAGAUUCGAAAAGGAAUGUCGUCGCUAUAAUGAGAUAAGAGCUUCCUGUCGCUCCACCCCGCUGAUUGUGGGUGGCGCCAAGGCCGCUGGCCGGGAGUUCCCCUUUAUGGCGCUUCUGGGGCAGCGUGGGAAAAACUCUUCGCACAUCAACUGGGACUGUGGCGGCACCCUCAUCCAUCCCAAGUUCGUGCUCACCGCCGCCCACUGCCUGGAGACCAGCGAAACCAAGGAGCAGCGCCUGGAUCCCGACUACGAAGGUGCCAAAUAUGUGGUCAGGCUGGGAGAACUGGACUACGAGAGCAGCGCGGAUGAUGCCCGGCCGCAGGACUUUCGGGUGGUCAACUAUGUGGUGCAUCCUGCAUAUGGCGAGGACGAUGACACUGGGAGUCGCAGGAACGACAUUGCCCUGGUGGAACUGGACAGGGAGGCGACUUUCAACGAGUAUGUGGCACCUGCCUGCCUGCCAUCGGCCAAUGGAAAUGAUCAUCUCCAGGUGACAGCCGCCGGCUGGGGAGCCACCGCCGAAGGAGGACACUCCUCCUCGCAUCUGCUCAAAGUCACCCUGGAAAGAUUCGAGGAAGAGCAAUGCACUCAGCGGUUGGAGCACAAAAUCGACAGGCGCACUCAACUGUGUGCCGGUUCACGGAACACCAGUGCGGAUACUUGCUACGGCGAUUCCGGUGGACCCGUCUUCGUGCAACAUUCUACGUACUCCUGCCUCAAGCAGGUGAUUGGCAUCACCUCAUACGGGCUGGUGUGCGGCGUCCAGGGAUUGCCCAGUGUGUACACCAAGGUACACCUCUACACCGAUUGGAUAGAAAAUAUUGUGUGGGGCGAAUAAACACCUAAUAUUUAAAUAAGUAAUUCGCAACUCUUACUUAAAGGUAACAUCUAAAUUUUGUUUGUAUCAAUAUAUUUUAUGAAUGAAGAUGUUAUGUCAACAACAUUUAUUAUGUUGCUUGCACUUCAUAUUGCUGAAGGUGCUAAAAUAAGAUUUGGAAUGCUUUGUUGUUCAUAAUAAUUCAUACUACAUUUACUCAAAGUGUCAAGCUUUAAUAGAUUUGUAUAUUUUACUUAAAGAAAUAGUUUUACUGUGCACCAAUAUCGUCUUUACUUAAUUUGAAAAAAAAGUGGUUUAGUCUCCUAAGUGUUAUUGUAUUGCAUUUAACUAAGGGUGCUAAAUUAAAAAAAUAUAUAUAUUUCAUCCAAAAAAAAUAAAAUUUUUGCUUGGUCAAUACCUUUGUAAACUAUUGAAUUGAAUGUGCAGCAGCCUCUUAAAUUACUUAAAAAUUAAACAUUUAUAAAAAUUAUAAGUCCGGCACAUUGUCUUUAAUUAACCUUUUCUUAAUUUUCAAGAACUCAUUACUUAUAUUCCCUAUAAAAAUAAAGUUUAUGUGGCUUAAAAUCGGUACAAAAAAGAAACAAAUAAGUAUAGAUAAUAUAUUAUUUAGAAUUGAAAUAAUACUUAUAGUAUAUGUAGCUUAUUUUAAAGACACAUUUAUUAAAAGUUUUCUUUUUGUAUGUGUUUAUAACGAAAAUGUAUUUUUAUAAAACUCAAAAUUCAAAUGAAA